AUGGUCAUGGACAGAGAGCAAGAAGAGAUGCAAUUUCUUGGGGUCUUUGGCAUAUACAAAGAAGCCCACAAGAUCGUCUUGUCAUUUGGAAAGAUCUUCAGCCAGAUAACUCUUGCCUUGAUCCUCCCCUUAUCUCUUAUCUUCCUAGCACACCUCGAGGUCUCCAAUGUUCUCUUAGCAAAGAUUACGAACAACGAAGUAGAGUUAGAUCUCGCGACAAAAGCUGGCACGCAGAGAUACAAUAAAUUAUCUGAUCAUAUCUCCUCCGAAUUCGCCUAUCUUUGGCUCUUCAAAGCUGCAUAUCUCACCCUGUUUCUUAUUUUCUCUCUGCUUUCAACCGCGGCUGUUGUUUACACCGUAGCUUGUAUUUAUACUGGCCGAGAAGUGAGUUUCAACAAGGUUAUGAGUGUUGUCCCCAAGGUUUGGAAGAGGCUGAUGGUCACCUUUCUGUCUAUCUUCAUCGCUUUUUUCGCAUACCAUGUAGUUGCUUUCCUGUCUUUUUCGGUAGCGUUCGUUGCAUGGGCAGUUUUUAUUGGAGACAGACCCAAAGUUCUUUAUUCAUUUGGGACUGUUCUGUUGGUUCUGUACUUCGUGGGGCUUGUGUAUAUGACCGUAGUUUGGCAAUUGGCUAGUGUUGUGUCUGUGUUAGAAGAGGUUUGUGGGUUCAAAGCCAUGGCCAAGAGCAGGGCACUCAUCAAAGGGAACAUGUGGAUGGCUAUAUUUAUAUAUUUCAAGCUGAAUCUAUCUACUGCUUUAGUACAGAUGGCAUUUCAGAAACUAGUUGUUCACGGGGUGUCAGUUGACAUGGUGAGUAGAAUAUCAUAUGGGGUUAUUUGUUUAUCGUUGCUUCUUGGAUUGUUUUUGUUUAGACUUGUUAUCGAAACAGUGAUCUAUCUUGUUUGCAAAUCGUACCACCAUGAAAAUAUUGACAAGUCUGCUCUGUCGGAUCACCUUCAAGUUUAUCAGGGAGAGUAUGUUCCUUUGAACUCUAAGGAUGUCCAGUUAGAGCAAUUUUACGUGUGA